AUCGGGAUAUAGCACAACCGCUUUGCUCACUUGAUAUGUAUGCUGAAGCUACCCCUCAGAAAAUGCAGAAUUGGAUUUCAUUAAAAAUCACGGCGAAACUGUUGAUUAGUAAUCUCUUCUUCUACACAAACAAUGUAAUGCGAUCAAGCUCCACAUUGCCGAUGAACUCGAUUCAAAUUCUCAGAAUUGAAAACUACUCUGUAAUCUACUUGAAAGCCAUUCAAAGUAUACCAAAAUGGAUCAAAUUUCUUGAUAAACCCAUCAGUCCAAUUUACUAGUCAAAUUCAUGAUAUGCCCGCCACUCCCAAGAUCGAAACCCUAGGAUUCUCUACUUUUUCGAUCUCAAACCCUCUCUCUUAUUAAUCUAAACCCUAACCAGAGAUCUCGUGGGUUGCGCUGGAUUCUGGAAUCUGGAUAACCUAGAUCAGCACUGGGUUCGUCGGGAUUGUCUAGAAGCUUAUCAUGUUGAGUGUGUGGUGAAAGAUGAGUCAUUUGUUGAGUCUGGAAACAGCUGGACUUGCAAGUGGCAUUCUUGCUUCAUUUGCUGUAAGAGUUCAAAAUUCCAUUGCUUUUGCUGUCUAAAAGCUGUGUGCCAGCACUGCAUCGCUACUGCAGAGUUUGCACGUGUUAGAAGGAACAAAGGGUUCUGUAAUACUACUUAAAAUUUGCACUACUUCGGGAAGAGAAUAUGGAUGUCGACUCUGAUGGGUAGGUUCUUUUAUUUGGUUUGAGACUAUCUCUUUGUUGUGAAGAAAGAAACCCCUUGACGGAAAUCUCUACGACAUACUAUUUUUCAAAAGGGUGGGUUGUGCCGUUUGAGUUCUUGGUUCUACGCCAUUUUGGUAUCAGAGCAAACUUGUGAUCCGUCACCAUCAAGUCACACCUUCGCUGCCUCUUCUACAAUCCUGAACCAGCCACCAGAAACCUUCACCACCUCGCCAUUGCGCUGCUGACUAUUGCCUUUGCAAACUCCUUUGUGGACAGCAUUGUUUCCUUGCAUCUCUUCUCAUCGUGACCUCCACUGCGUUAUUUAUCAAUGUCGCAGCGAAACCCAGUCAGUUCAUUGGUUGCUGCCACCGCCUUGUCUUCUAACAGUUGACUCUGAAUAUCAUCGUCACCAUCAUAGUUAUUCCUUCAAUAGUGAAGGAGAAAACCAGUGUAAAGAAGUGAAAGGAUUAUACAGUGUAUAACCUGAACCCCUAAGGACCAACCCAUUCCUUAUAACCCUAAACCCGACCCAUAUUUAUAAACCUCGACCCAUUAACUCAGCCCAAUCUAAUGAAAAAUAAAAAUAAAAUAAAAAAACCUACCAGCUCAACUCCUCACAGCAACCCAAAAGCCCAAAUACACCUACCCAAUCAUAUCUUGAAGAAGCCAAUAACCUGACGCCUCUUACGCCUUCAUUCCUUUCCUUUCCUUUCCUUUUCUUUCUUUCUUGGUCCCCAUCAGAAAGAUUGAAGAAUAGAGGAGGUGGUUCAGAUCUGAAGACCCAACAAUGCAGCGAAUUCAAGCAAUCUUCAAAAUCUGAGACCACUAAUCCAAUCACAACCAGGAGAGGGAAGAUUAGAAUGUCAGAAGGGAAGGGAGUUGUGAUGAAAAGGGUGGUAAAAUCCAACGGGAAGGGAGAAAGGGAAGGGAGUUGUGAUGAAAAGGGAGGCAAAGUCCAAAGGGAAGGGAGUUGUGAUGAAAAGGGUGGUAAAAUCCAAAGGGAAGGGAGCUGUGAUGAAAAGGGAGGUAAAGUCCAAAGGGAAGGGAGUUGUGAUGAAAAGGGCGGUAAAAUCCAAUGGGAAGGGAGUUGUGAUGAAAAAGAGAUUUUAUUGGUUGGGGAUCAAAAUCACUCAUGGAGUUUCUUGCGUCACUUGGUGAAAGACACAAGUACAAAAAUGUCACAAUAUGAUGUGUCUUCUAUCAUUAAAGAAUACAUCAAUGAACACAAGCUUUUUUGCCCCGACAAUAGGAGGAAGAUUUUAUGCGAUGAAAGACUGAAGUCUGUUUUGGGGCAGAAAACAGUAUACAGAAAUCAAAUGUGUGACCUCCUCCAACCCCAUUUUAUUGAGAACCUUGAGUCAUCAGAUGAGGACGAACUAGGACUCAGUUCAGAAGCUGAGGAUAAGAAUGUCAUGGUGGCCUGUAAAAAACAGAGAGAGUUAAUUACAAAUAGGAAAUCCCUGGAAAAGGAGGUAGUGAUCAAUGCUCCACAGAGCUGUUUUGCUUCCAUUGUUUCUGAAAACAUCAAGCUUGUCUACCUGAAGAGGAGCCUAGUGCAGGAGCUACUGAAGCAACCUAAAACCUUUGAAAACAAAUUAAUAGGAAGCUUUGUCAGAGUUAAAUUAGACCCUAAUGACUCCUUUCAGAGAAAUUCCCAUCAGCUUGUGCAAGUUACAGAUUCUCCUCCAGGUUUCAAAUAUGUCAAAGACAUUUGCAUCAGCAUGCUUUCAGAUGUUUUCUUCUCUGAGGAAGAAUGUGAAGAUUUGAGUCAAAAAGUGAAAGAUGGGUUACUGAAAAAGCCUACUAUAAUUCUGGAUGCAGUGUUGGUGUUCAAUGAGUGUGUGGAUUCCCAGAUUCGACAGGACCUUCCAGGUUUGCUUUGUAAAUUGGACAUUGAAAAGGUUUACGAUAAUGUCCGGUGGGAGUUUCUGUCGUAUGUUCUGGGUCGCGUGGGUUUUGGAGAGACUUGGUGCCAGUGGAUCCUGUUUUGUAUUUCUACUAUCAGGAUGUCUGUUUUGGUUAAUGGCUCGCCGGCGGGUUUUUUUCCGACACAUCGAGGUCUCCGUCAAGGGGAUCCUUUAUUGCCUUUACUGCUCAUUUUAGUGAUGGGGGCUUUGAGUAGACUGUUAGAUAGGGCCAUUCAUGAAGGUUUGCUAGAUGGUUUUUUGGUAGGAUCGCUUACGGGGGCGCCUAUUUGUGUUUCCCAUUUGCUGUAUGCUGAUGAUGCUUUGAUCUUUUGUGGGGCAAGGGCGGAGCAAGUAAGGUAUUUGCGAUGUGUCUUGUUAUGCUUUGAGGUUGUUUUAGGUCUUCGGGUUAACUUUAGGAAAUCAGAGUUGAUCCCGGUGGGUCAGAUAGAGAGUCUUCUAGUGUUGGCGGCGGCGUUGGACUGCCAGGUGUUGGCCCUUCCAACAACUUAUUUGGGCCUUCCUUUGGGGUCAACGUUUAAGGUGUCAGGGGUGUAGGAAGGAGUUGUGGCGCGGAUUCAACGCCGGUUGGUUGGGUAGAAGAGGCAAUAUCUUUCGAAAGGUGGUCGGUUGACUUUGAUCAAGAGUGUGUUGAGUAGCAUGCCAACAUAUUUCAUGUCUUUGCUUGUUAUUCCGGUAUCGGUGGCGCCACGGAUGGAACAGCUUCAAAGGGAUUUCUUGUGGGGUAGUUGGGGGGUUGACUUUAGAUAUCAUUUGGUGGAUUGGGGCCAGGUAUGUCAACCAAAAGAGGCUGGGCUGUGGGGGUUCGGAGGUUGGUGACUUUUAAUAGAGCUUUGUUGGGGAAAUGGCUAUGGCACUUUGCUUGGGAGCCGGAAUAGCUAUGGAGACGGAUGGUGGCUGGUAAGUAUGUCCUGGAGAGAGGGGGUUGGGGGUCAGGGAAUGUGAUUAGUUCUCAUGGUUGUGGUUUAUGGAAAAGAAUUUGGUUGGGGAGGGUGGAGUUUUGGGAGAGGGUGGGGCUUUGGGUGGGUGACGGGAUGAGGGUGCACUUCUGGAAGGAUAGAUGGUGUGAUGAGGCUUUGUUGGCAGAUCGUUUUCCAUUGAUUUUUGCCCUGGCGGGGGUCAGGAAGCUAUGGUGGCAUCUUAUUUGGGGGGUGGGGAUGUGGUGGUAUGGGAUAUUCAGUUGCGCUGACCGAUUCAGGAUUGGAAGGUUGAUCAAUUGCUACGGUUAUGGGGUUAUUUGUAUGGGUUGGGCGUGACUGGGCAAGGGUUGGAUGUUUUGGGGUGGAAUGCGGUGGGAGCCAAGGGGAGUUUUUCUGUUUUGUCCUACUACAAAAGUUUGGUGGGGGUGGUGAGGAAAGAUUUUCCUUGGCAGAGCAUCUGGGUGCCAAGGGUUCCUUCCAAGGUGGCCUUCUUCAUGGGGACGGCGGCCUUAGGCCGGAAUCUUACGAUUGAUAACUUGGUGUGGCGAGGUCAUAAUUUAGUAAAUCGCUGCUGUAUGUGUUGUGUGGAUGGAGAGUUCGUGAAUCAUUUGUUUUUGCAUUGUUCUGUGGCGAGUCGUUUAUGGCGUCUUAUUUGCUCUCUUUUUGGAAUUGCUUGGGUUCAGCCAUGGCGGGGGAUGGAUAUGCUGUGGAGUUGGUGUGGCGUUCGAGUUGGUCGUCGGCAGUGGCGGCGAGUGUGGUCUUUGGUGCCGCUUUGUUUGAUGUGGCUAGUUUGGAUGGAACGUAAUAGGCGAACUUUUCAAGAUGUUCAUCAUAGCGUUUCAUGGCUUGAGAGUCGUCUCCUUAUAGUUUUGUAUAGUUGGUUGGAACAGAAGUUUGAUCCGGAUUUGUUUGUUUUUCUAGAUUUUUUAGAGGAUAUUCUUAAUUAGGAGGUAGUGCGCUUUCUCUUCCAUUCGCUGUUUGAGCGGCUUGGUAUUCUUUGCAUCAUUUUGAUGCUUUCUUAAUAAAUGUUAUCUUAUUUAUCCAAAAAAAAAAAAAAAAGGUUUCUUUUGUUGCUGAUCAAUAUAUAUAUAUAUAUAUAUUCUCAAUAUAUAAGGAUCCUGUAGCAGACAACUGGCCUUAAGAAGAAAGCAAUCUGCACUUGUGUUUGUGUAUUGAUCAUCUCAUGUUACGGCAUUUUUAUUCUUUCACCAAGUAUUUUAAGUUGGUUAUUAUAUUAUAUCUUAACUAAAUGGAAUCACUAUGUUACAAUGUUAAAAACAAAUUUUGAACUUAUUUUGUGUCACAAUCCAGGAUUAUGUAGACAAACUUUGCUGCUGCUCCUUACAUUUCUCUCUGUUUAUUUAGCUAAUCAAUGUUAAAUAUUCUGAUUGAAAGUUUAUUUAAACUGUCUGAUUGAAACAUU